AUGCGGCUGCAGGCCGAGCUGCCCUUCAUGGCCACCGAAUCGAUGAUUAUGGCAAUGGUCGAGAAGGAGGGCAGUCGACAAGAAGCCCACGAAGCCAUUCGAGUACUCAGCCACGAGGCAGGUGCUGUCGUGAAGCAGGAGGGCAAGCCGAACGACCUAGUCGAGCGAGUACGGCAAGACGAUUAUUUCAAGCCAAUCUGGGACGAUUUGACGCCCGAGAAACUGCUCAAUCCAGCUAACUUUGUCGGCCGUGCUCCCCAGCAGGUUCAAGAGUUCGUGGAAGCCGUGGUGGAGCCAGCGCUCGCACCAUAUAAGGACCAGAUGGAGGGCGUCACCGCCACGGAGAUCAAAGUCUGA